CUGGGUCCUGGAGCCCAGCUGAGGAGCCCUGGGGAGUCUCGAAGUUUGUGUCUGGAGCUGUUGUGCAAAGUGGGCUUAUUGCGUAGGGGUUUUCUUGGCAUGAGAGCAGAUCUCCUGCCUUUAUUUUGGAUGCUCAUUCCACUUUAAUUCCUCAGGCUUCGACGAGGCUCUCCUGUAUUCCCCGGAGAGUCUCAGCUCUGAGGACACCGGACAGGAGCUCUAGGGCCGUUCUCUCUCAGGCGGAAGAACGAACGUUUUCCUUAAGUGCAUUAGCGACUCACGCACACGUAUCCGAUCCGCGGAGACAGAGGAGUGUCGCCGGCCCGAGGUGGCUGCGCCCGGCCCCUUGUGCCCUCAGCAUCCUCGGCCCAGCGCGACCCGGACCGCCAUGGAGGUGCUGGAGAGCGGGGAGCAGGGCGUCCUGCAGUGGGACCGCAAGCUGAGCGAACUGUCAGAGCCAGGGGAGACCGAGGCCCUCCUGUACCACACGCACUUCUCAGAACUCCUGGAUGAGUUUUCCCAGAACGUCUUGGGUCAGCUCCUGAAUGACCCAUUCCUCUCAGAGAAGAGUGUGUCAAUGGAGGUGGAGCCAUCCCCGACGUCCCCAGCGCCUCUCAUCCAGGCGGAGCAUAGCUACUCUCUGUGUGAGGAGCCUCGGGCCCAGUCACCGUUCACUCACGUCACUGCCAGAGACAGCUUUAAUGAUGAUGAGGUGGAAAGUGAGAAAUGGUACCUGUCUACAGAUUUUCCUUCAACAACCAUCAAGACAGAGCCAAUUACGGAUGAGCCACCACCAGGACUUGUACCCUCUGUCACUUUGACCAUCACAGCCAUCUCCACCCCUUAUGAAAAGGAGGAAGCCCCUGUGGAAGGGAAUACAGGGGUUGAUUCCUCGUGCCAGACAAUUAUUCCUAAGAUUAAGCUGGAGCCUCAUGAAGUGGAUCAGUUCCUCAACUUCUCUCCUAAAGAAGCCUCCACAGACCACCUACACUUACCACCAACCCCUCCCAGCAGCCACAGCAGUGACUCAGAGGGCAGCCUGAGCCCCAACCCGCGUCUGCACCCCUUCAGCCUGCCUCAAACCCCCAGCCCUGCCAGAGCUGUGCCCCGGGCUCCCUCUGCCCUUUCCAGUUCUCCUCUCCUCACAGCUCCUCACAAACUGCAGGGAUCAGGCCCCCUGGUCCUGACUGAGGAGGAAAAGAGGACUCUGAUCGCCGAGGGCUAUCCCAUCCCCACCAAACUGCCCCUGACAAAGUCAGAGGAAAAGGCCCUGAAGAAAAUCCGGAGGAAAAUCAAGAAUAAGAUUUCUGCCCAGGAAAGUAGGAGAAAGAAGAAAGAAUACAUGGACAGUUUGGAGAAAAAAGUGGAGUCUUGUUCAACUGAGAACUUGGAGCUUCGGAAGAAGGUGGAGGUCCUGGAGAACACCAAUAGAACUCUCCUUCAGCAACUCCAGAAGCUUCAGACCUUGGUGAUGGGGAAAGUCUCUCGUACUUGCAAGUUAGCUGGCACACAGACCGGCACCUGCCUCAUGGUUGUCGUGCUCUGCUUUGCUGUUGCAUUUGGCAGCUUCUUCCAGGGCUACGGACCCUACCCUUCUGCUACCAAGAUGGCGCUGCCCAGCCAGCAUUCCAUGCCCGAGCCAUACACAGCUUCUGUUGUGAGAUCCAGGAACCUGCUGAUCUAUGAGGAACAUUCUCCCCUGGAGGAGCCGUCCAGCCCAGCCUCAGCUGGGGAGCUUGGGGCCUGGGAUCGAGGAUCCUCAUUGCUCAGAGCAUCAGGGCUGGAGUCCAGGCCGGAUGUGGAUCUUCCCCACUUCAUUAUCUCAAAUGAGACCAGCCUGGAGAAGUCAGUGCUGUUGGAGCUGCAACAGCACCUGGUCAGCACCAAACUGGAGGGGAACGAAACACUCAACGUUGUAGAGCUCGACAGAAGAGUGAACACCACCUUCUGAAGAGGCCGACUCCACCCUCUCUGUUUCCCUUAACUCUUCUUUCGUAUCUCCAAACCCCUUUUGUUGUAAUCUUUUCUUUCCUCUUUGCCUCUGGAUCUUGAUGAAGACAUGGAUGAGCGGUUGUGGCUGGGGUAGGGGGGCCAGCCUAGGAGCUCUGUUAGCAGUGCAGGCCUUGUCUUUCCCUGUCUGUGCCCCUCCCAUGCAGCACGGAGCCCACCUUUCCUCCCUUCUCUUACUGCCAUAGGAAAUUGUUUCAGGGGUGGAGGCUGGGACAAGCAGGCUCAUUUCUAAAGUAUUGCCAAAGAGAUACUGCCUGAUUCUCACCUGUGCGGUGUGACUCCUCUUUGAAGAAUAGACAACUCUUGUGACCACAGACCCUAGCCACAGAAAUGCCAUGAUGCUAUUAGGAUUUGGCAAAGCACUGACCCAUGUCCUUCCCUGCUCAUCCCUGGGUCUCUGGUGUGAGUGCCCACCUUGUCAGCUCCCCUCUCUCCCACUCUGGCUCUCGGAGCCCUCGCUGGACAGUCCUCCCGGCACCAGCCCUGACAGGCGAGGGCUGCCCCUUCACAUUCUCAGGCCGCAAGUGCAAUGCCUGAAGGAAUCAGGCUAUUCUACUCCAGGCGAACCUGCCCCAUCUUGUUGCUUGUAGAUCUUCCCCAUGCCCAGGUUCCCCACAUCUGCAUAGGUCUGCCCCCCACCCCAGCUUCUCCUCCCCACUUGUAAAUAGUAUUUAUUAGCUUGCCGAGGCCUCCUGCUAGCAACCACACUGGAGAGGUCCGGUUGCCUCCCUCCAAGCUAGCUAAGUCUUCUGUGGGCCUCUGGCGCUAGGAGGGCACCUGGGCUCUGGGCUCCCACUUUCCAGGUGGUGUUUUGUCAUCUUUCUUUCUCCUUUUCUUUCUUCUUUUUUUUUUUUUUUUUUUAAAUAGUUUCUAUUGAAAAAUCCCCUUGAGCAUGUGUCCUCUGCCAGAGGAACUCGGUGGGAAAGAUGGGGCUGUGCUUUGUUUGGGUCUGUGUCUCUGCAGCCCCAUGGUUUCUCUGUCUGUCUUGUUCCCAUAAUAAGCGGGAAGCCCUGCUCCUGACAACAGGCAUUUGGAUAACCUUGCUAGAUUGUCUUUCCACCUGUCCCUGGCUCCUCCCUCACCACCCACCCUGCUUCUACUUUGCCCUCCUCUCUUCUUCCUCUGCCUCAACAGAAGGAGUCAGAGUGGUGCCAUUCGUGCAUCCAUGUUCUUACCUGUUAGAGUCAGGUUUGGCUACUUUGCAGCUCACCCAAAGAGAUACAACCUAUCCCCCAACCUACUUUUUAUUAUUUUUUUAAUGAUUAAAAGUAACUUUUGUAGUUUUAAAAAUCUUUCUUCUUUCAUACAAACAAUAAAUGGAAAUGACCUUUUGUUGUGUAAUGUAGAAGACUCCCCUUCAGUGUUUAUUCCUAGUUUGUAAAAAAAGAUUUUGUGUAGGAAAUUUGCUUACAUAUUGUAUUUUAUUUUUAGUAGUGGCUGUGGGGUCUUUAGCAUAAGCUCUUCUCUCUCUCUCCCUCUCUCUCUCCCUCUGUCUCUCUGUCUUGUCAUCUAUGUUGUCAUUGGAGCUUAUACUUAAGAGGGAUUAAGCCCACUCCCCGCUCUUUCAUUCCGUAUCAGAUAUAGGAUUUGGUGUCAUUAACAGUUGCCAUCAGACCUCCUAAGCGGAUCCCUGUUUUGUCUGUCUCAGUCCAUUUGGGGUCACUGUGGUGAGUGAUUCCUCUCUCUUUACUGUGAUGGAAAUGUUUCCAGAUGAGGAGGUGGCCAAGUUCCCCUUCUCACAGUAUGUGAAAGCUGGGUUGAGACUGCCGUGGUCCUGGCAGCCCUGCUGUCUGGACGAUUCUCACUGCCCCUUGCACUGGCCAGGGCGGGCUGGGACUGUCUGGCUCUGCAGGAGGACUGCUGCCAAUGCGCAUCCACUUCUGCCUCUCUGCUCCACUCGCCUGUGCCUGCCCUGUGUCUGGUAGCUGUGGGCCUCUGCUGCCUCAUCUCUCUCUUGAAUAUGCCAUGUAAUAUUCUGACGUAGGCAGCCUAUGGGGCCUUGAAAAGGUAAAAAGCUAGAAUUAACUCAAGGAGUAUUCGGGCAAUGAGAAAGGAAGGGGUUUAUGUUUAAAGGCAGAACUGAGAGAAGUGACUGUCUAGGCAGCCACCUGCUGCAACUGAAGCAGAUUGUGUUUCCAAGGCUCCCAGAAAUAGCCAGAAUAGGGAACCUGUUCCCCGGCAUGAGGAGGGAGAAGAAAAAGGACACUUGUAGCCUUUGUCCUUAGUGCAUUGAAGAUUUCGUUUUCUCUCUUAUCUCCCUUGCUUAACGCUACUUUCUCCAAAUCUCCAAGCAGCAGGGUUUUCUCUUUAGGAAGCUGGCCUUCCAGAACAUAAUCUGUAUUUGGAGACAUGGAACAUUAGCCUGAGAGCACAAAUGGCCCUUUGAAGGAGGUUCCAGGAACUUACAUUGCUUCACUUUCAAGAAACAUCUGUCUUCUGCUUAUUUGAGUGAGUCAAGAGAAUGAAACAGUUAACCUUUGUUCAGUACAAAAUGGGAUCAAGAGAAUACCAGAGGGCUGGAUAACACCAGAUUGAUUCCAAAUAGUGAAUGGGUGUGUAUGCACCCUUCCCGUUGAAGGGUUAAACCGUCAAUGUCAGUGGAUUUGUUUUCCCCACUGAGCAGUCUCAUAGACUAACAGUAAUUCCUGGUCAGCUUGGGAGAUUCCAAGUAAUAGCAGACAUUAGUGCCUGAACUUAAGUUUUGAAAGAUGCUCAAAGCUUGUGGGGACAACCGAGAGUCAUGAAAAAUAGGUCUCUUUAUUAUGUCUUUCAUCAGUAAACACAUUUUUCUUUUUCCUUCCUUUGGCUACACUAAUGAAGGAGAGGUCUUGCAAAGUUUCAGAGAACAAGUAAUCUUUCCCCAGAUGAGACCUGGUAACUCAGACCCCUCUGCCCCUCAGCAUGAUUCUUCUCCCAGCUCUCGACUUCGCACUUGGAAAUGGGAACUGUAAACGAAAGGCCUCAGUGCCAGUUUUAGGAAGGAAUUUCUGUGAAAUGUUAGGAGUCUGGAGUCUUGCUCAUAGAAAGAGUGUUAUAUAAAAAUCUGACAGCUGAACUGGGUUGCUCCUUUCUGGCAGGGGGCGGGGAUGAGACUUGACACUGGUGUAGGCAAAAUUAGAUAACCUUUUGGUUAAUAGAAAUGAUUUUGCUUUGGAGACCUAAUUUGUAGGUUGCAAAGGCAGUUUUUAGUUCAGCUAAUUUACAAACCAACUAUAAAUACCGUGGUUUUCCCCUUCCUGUGUCUCUCGGUUCUGGUUGGAUAUCAAAAGGUGGCUGUGAAUCUAAGUGCCAUGGAGGAGGGAUGUUGAAUCGAUUCCUCUGUAUUCUGGCCGUGAUUCAGUGUCCAGCAUUUUUGUCAUAGGAUGUUCUUAGAUUUUUUUUUCCUUCAGAAGUUCAUGGCCCUCCCUGCCAGGUCCUCAGAGGGAGCAGAAGCACAGAGCAGAAUCAGGCCCCCCAGCCCAGCUCCUUAGAAUAAGCAUAGCAUACAAGGUGGGACUUAAGCACAAUCCAGAAAUGAAGAUGUCCUACCCCCAGUGAAAGGGUGGACCGUCUGUGUUGGCUUUGCUAACAUGGAAGCAGAGACGCAAGGGAAGACGUUUAGCCUCCCCCAUCUGCCACUAGUGACUCAUUUGGUUCUACUGAAUCCUGUCUCUGGGAAAUCUGCUUUCUCCUGCUUGCAGUGCUGGCAGGACCUCUGAUGCCAUUACCAGGGAGUUCUUUAGCGAGGGUCACUUUAUAGGAAUGUUUUCAGCUGAGGUUAUUGUAGACAUGUGAUCGGGUAACCCCCCCUUGAGAGGACAGUAACAAGAGAGAAUAGAGGCCAGUGGAAGAGCCAGAGACAGAUUUCAGAUUUUUUACUCAUCCAUUCAUUCACUCAGUUACUCCUAGGACUUUUCAGUUUUGCUAAAAAAGAGGACUGAGAUCCUAGGGAGUAUUGGAGAAUACGAGGGACUGAGGAAAUUUCACUGGCUAGUAGCUGUCCCGCAAGACCCUUGUGCUAGGUCUCCCUGCUUGUCUGUCUCUUUCUCACAGGUGCAUCUGGGUGCACAUGCACAUGCACACAUACACACACCCACACUCCUUUCUUGUCUUAGAUACUCAUGUAUGCCUUAAACAUGCCUUAUAGAUGAGUGCAGGAUGACAGGAAUUCCUCAUUGCUGGGAGAUUUUAUGUAUAGCCUUAUAGUAUUAGAUCGAAGUGGGUAAGGGGAAGGAACAUUUUCUGAAAGCUCAAAAUUGGUUUCCUGAAAUUGAGCCACUAUCAGAUUGGCACAUCGGGAGAAAAGUAAUGGGGUUAUGUCCAGUGGGAAGAUCCCAUUUUGUAAGGGUGCGAGCACAUCAAAAAAAAUGGCCAGCCAGGAUUAAAGAUAUUAAAGUCCUCUCAGCAGAGCACUUCUCAGUGCAGAGAAACCUACCUUUGAAGAAUAACCCUUCAUGCUUUGUGGCCAGAGGAUCGACAUUAACUACAAGGAAAGGCUGGGUGUUGUUUCAUUCUGUUAUCUGGGGCAACAUAAAAUUCU